ACCUGUUUGGCUGGCAAUUCAAGCGAAGUCACUGACAGGAGUGAUGUUUGUAGUCGAUCAGUGUGUGUCAGGCGCUUCGUUUCCAUUAGCUGGGUCUAAAGUGCACUCACUUCCUGGGAGAUUCAUCUCACAAGUCGCAGCUUGAAUGCUUGGAGAUACACAAUCCCUCAACCAUCAGAGAGCAGGGAAGGACAACAUAUCAGCAAAGAUUGGUGUAACUGGAAAAUACUGGGCUCUUCAGGAAGUGAUCUGUCAGACUACCUGAAGGAGAAGGGCAGUUGCCUUCUGCCUAGGUGUUAGUGCUCAUGAUGUCAGACCGAUUACAGAGCCCCUUACAGAGGUCAUCUGCGCUCAAAGGAGUGGCCACAGACAUUAGCCAACUGAUGGAGAAUCUUGACACCAAUGAGUUACGUCUGGAAGGAGAUGAUGUGGACAUCGAUUCUGGCAAUGAUGCAAGACAACCCAUUGGGUCUCAGAUUCCAUUCUCAGCCAUUUACAAGACCAAAGCCUUCAAGGAGCCUGAGGUUCAGGUGUACCUGUCUGGAGAACCAAUCAAAGUCCAUGUUUUGGAGGUGGAACGGUUCACAUCAACAUCAAAGGUCCCAAGCCCUAACAUCUAUACCAUUCAAUUGAAGCAUGGAGAGUUCACCUGGAAGGUCAAGAGGAAAUUCAAGCAUUUUCAAGAUCUUCACAGAGAGCUUCUCCGAUACAAAGCCCUCCUCCGCCUGCCAAUCCCAACACGCGGUUUCACAGUGAGGAGACAGACGGUAAAGAGAGGGGAACCCCGGUCAAUGCCUACUCUGCCUCGCAGUUCAGACCUCAUCAUUAGAGAGGAGCAGAUCUCGAGCCGACGGAAACAACUGGAAGAUUACUUGACCAAGCUGCUGAAGAUGCCCAUGUACAGGAAUUACCAUGCGAUGAUGGAAUUUAUUGGCAUCAGUCAGCUCUCAUUCAUUCAUCAUCUGGGACCUAAGGGCCUGGAAGGUUAUGUGAUGAAACGUUCUGGGGGACACAGGAUUCCAGGCCUCAACUGUUGUGGGAGAAGUCAAAUCUGUUAUCGUUGGUCCAAGAGGUGGCUGGUAGUGAAAGAUUCCUUCCUCCUGUACAUGAAACCAGACUCAGGAGCCAUCGCCUUUGUUCUACUCGUGGACAAAGAAUUCAGCAUCAAAUUGGGAGCCAAAGACACUGAGACAAAAUAUGGCAUCAGAAUUGACAAUUUAUCCAGGACUUUGAUCAUCAAAUGCAACAAUUACCGUCAUGCUCGCUGGUGGGGUCAAGAGAUUGAAGAGUUAAUUCACAAACAUGCUAAAGCCUUCCUUGAAGACCAGCGUUUCAAAUCCUUUGGAGCCGUGCAUGAAAAUACGCUAUGCAAAUGGUAUGUCAAUGCUAAAGGAUACUUUGAAGAUUUGGCACAUGCUUUGGAAGAUGCAAGAGAGGAAAUAUUCAUCACAGAUUGGUGGCUGAGUCCGGAAAUCUUUCUCAAGAGGCCUGUGGUGGAAGGGAAUUAUUGGAGGCUGGACUACGUACUCAAACGCAAAGCUCAACAAGGUGUGAAGAUUUUUGUGAUUCUCUACCAAGAGGUGGAGCUAGCUCUCGGCAUCAACAGUGAAUAUAGCAAGCGGACACUAAUGCACCUUCACCCCAACAUUAAGGUGAUGAGACACCCAGACCAUGUCUCCUCCUCUGUAUAUCUGUGGGCACACCAUGAGAAGAUUGUUGUCAUUGACCAGUCAGUUGCAUUUGUUGGUGGCAUUGACUUGGCAUACGGAAGGUGGGAUGAUGACGAGCAUCGGCUGACUGAUGUGGGCAGUGUCUCACGGAAUGUUUGCUCUCAGUCCAUUGCGUCCAACAACCAAAUGCCACUCACUACUCCCGCUGGGGGCGAGGAAGACCAGAGGACCAAAGCAAAAGUGACACUCGAAAAGACUGCUGAGGGAGAGGAUGAGGUGGAACCAUCCAGAAUGAAGGGUAUCGGCAAGUCCAGAAAAUCCUUCCCGAUGCUGAGCCUGGUCAGACAGCUGCAACGGCAGAACUUGGAGCACUGCGACAGUGUGAGUAGCAUCGAUAGCUCAGAGCAUGGUUGGUUUAACUCUUCCAACAGCCAAUGGAACUUAAUCAGGGAUAGGUUGCCCAACUUGAAGAGAUUGUAUCACCAUACCAGUAAUCCCGGGCCCUCUCGAUCGGAGAACGACAGGAGCUCAGAAUGUGGCCCACAUGCAAAUAUCAAAGAUUUGGUCGGACAGACAAGGUUCUGGCAUGGAAAGGACUAUUGCAACUUUGUUUACAAGGACUGGGUCCAGUUGGACAAACCAUUUGACGAUUUCAUCGACCGCUACAACACACCCAGAAUGCCUUGGCAUGACAUCGCUGCAGUGGUGCAUGGGAAGGCCGCUCGCAGUGUGGCACGGCAUUUCAUCCAACGCUGGAACUUCACAAAGAUUGUUAAAGCAAAAUAUCGGCCUCUAUCCUACCCAUAUCUCGUGCCAAAAUCAAUGUCAACAGCAAAUGAGUUGAGAUACCAAGUGCCUGGAUCAGUCCAUGCUCGAGUGCAAGUGCUGCGAUCAGCUGCUGAUUGGUCAUGUGGGAUUAAAUAUCACGAGGAAUCGAUUCACAAUGCAUACAUACAUGUGAUUGAAAACAGUAAACACUACAUCUACAUUGAAAACCAGUUCUUCAUCAGUUGUGCAGACAACAAAUACAUCUUCAAUAAAAUUGGUGAUGCCAUUGUACAGCGAAUCCUGAGAGCUUACAGGGAAAAGCAGAGGUUUCGCGUCUAUGUGGUGACUCCCCUGAUGCCAGGUUUCGAAGGAGAUAUCUCGACAGGGGGAGGGACAGCAAUCCAAGCUGUCAUGCAUUUCAACUACAGGACCAUUGGCAGAGGAGAAAACUCAAUCAUUGAACAACUGAAGAGAGAAAUGGACGAUCUGUGGAUCAAUUAUUUCUCAGUGUGUGGUCUCCGGACCCACGUAGAAUUGAAUGGACGGUUGGUCACUGAACUCAUCUAUGUCCACAGCAAAAUGCUGAUUGCAGAUGACAACACAGUCAUUAUAGGUUCAGCGAACAUCAACGAUCGAAGUAUGCUGGGAAAGCGAGACAGCGAGGUGGCAGUGAUUGUAGAGGAUACAGAGUUUGUGCCAUCAGUGAUGGAUGGGGCUGAGUACCAGGCUGGGAAAUAUGCUCUGCAUCUCCGACUGCACUGCUUCAAGCUUAUUUUGGGAGCUUUAAAUGACCCAACCAUCGAAGUGCAAGACCCCAUCAGUGAGAAGUUCUUCAAAGAAGUCUGGAUUCCAACCAGCGCACGGAACGCUACAAUCUAUGAAAAGGUCUUCCGGUGUCUCCCAUCGGAUCUUGUGAGGAACAACAUUGAGUUAGCAGAGUUCAGUGCUAAGGCGGGCCUGCAUGAAGAAGAUCCAGAAAGAGCUGUGGAAGAGUUGAAGAAGAUCCGAGGAUUCUUGGUACAAUUCCCGUUCUGCUUCUUGUCUGAGGAGAAUCUCCUUCCAGCAUUGAGUACGAAAGAGCGGAUGGUCCCAAUGGAGGUGUGGACAUGAAGGAGUGAGAGAGAAGAAGAGAGAGUGUGGGAGGUGCUUUGUCCAUGAAGAGAAGGGGCACAACAAGCUGGUUAUCUUCCUAUUGUGUCCAAUACUGGUGAAGGUGUCUAUUGGAGACCAACAUUACAGUGAAAAGUUGAGGAAUUAUACCAGUGGUUUCAUCACUCAGGAUAUUCAACCUCUUGGCUGUAGUGCUAAAGGACAAAUAGGAUCCAUCAACUCAACAUUCAACCCAGGGACAAUGAAGAAGAACUUUUGAAGAUUUUUAAUUCUUGUCAUUAUUCAAAGCAGACACUAAAUAUGGAGCAAUUCAAACUCUUGAAACUCUGUCUCUAUCAGAACUUUUGGAAGACUUUUUAAACUUUCUCUUGGUGUAACUUGUGUUUUCCUCAUGGUGCACAUGUGGGUCGAUGCUGGGGAGUGGAACCUCGCAUUAUCUCUGAUGCUGUCACUUGCCUAGUUCAGCUGAACAAUGAUCAAUCUUUGUUUCGAGUUCCAGUAACUCUGCCUCAGAUUGUUCCACAGUCUUGACCUCCCUGCCGGGUCUCUAUUUUCCCAAAUGCUCUCACAUUCAGCCUGUUUCUUUUUUGUCACUUUUAGCACCUUCAGAAUGUCUCCAAAGAGUAGUUGCUCUCAGUUUUAUUGUACUAUGUAAUAUCAGAAAUACUCCUGUCAGAGGAGCCGUUUUCACCUCCUCCUUUCCACAUUAUCCAAGCCCCGACCUACUGAACUCUACACAGCCAGAUCCAAGUUAGGGCAAUUUUGUCUCACAGUAGUCACAGCAUAGAAACAGAAGAUUUGGCCUUUCUGUUCCCUGCUGGUGUUUAUGCACUACAUGAACCUCCUCCCACUUUUCUUCAUCUCUCCCUUUCUCCCUCAAUUUAUUCGGCUUCCCCUUAAAUCAAUUUGUCCCAUUCACCUCUCUGAUCGUGAACUCCACAUUCCCAGCUGCUUCCGAAACAAAAUUGCCACCUCUGCCCCCAGGGAGAGAGAUAUCACACUGCUUUCAGUUCUUGUUUCUUUAGAGCAACAGGGUAAUCUUUGCCAGUUCUGGAGAAUAUACAUAUUUGAGUUGAAGUAUAAACUCCGAUCCUGUCUCCACAAAGGUGAGCUUCUCCAGCACUUUCUGCUUUCAUUUCAAAUCUUCAGUAUCCACAGUGUUUGGAUCGUGUUUUAUUAUGUAAUAUAAUAGGUAAUGUUUAGUUUUAAUUGGCAAUUAAAAUGUUUGUCAACCUUUAACUGUAGCUUCUACAUGCCAACACGUCUCCCAAUCAGAGUCCACUUGCCAACUAAACAGCACUGUCUUCUCAUACACUAGGAGUGUGUUCAUCCCUUUUACUUUGGUAUACUUCUUAUGAAUUGCCUUGUUCAAUGCAAGAUGAAAACUUUAGCAAAAUCCAUCUUUUGUCAGUAAUACUUUAAUUUUAUUGACGGAAAUAAUUAAUUUGGUCAAAAAAGGAUUCAUCGCUGGAUUGCAGUCUACUUUCACCCAGCAGGCGACAGUACAGAGUCCCGGCCCAAAACGUCAGCUUUCCUGCUCCUCUGAUGCUGCCUGUCCUGCUGUGUUCCUCCAGCUGCACAUUGUUUUAUCUCUGACUCCGGCAUCUGUAGUUCUCGCUAUGACAGUACAGCUCUCUCUGGUUGUCCUUUCUGUCUAUUAUUCUUAAAAUUCUCCCCGUCGCAAGGUGGUGUUCCUCAUGCUUGUAGUGGAAAUAAAUGCAAAUGUGAAAACACUCAUGUUAGAAGCAGAGUAAAGCCCCUGUCUUUAGCCACCUCACCAGUCCCACUCUGGUCAGGCACAAUAUGGGUUAGCUACAGAGUAAAUGGUACAGUCCAGGCUGGCCGUUACUGAGGGAGUGCUGCACAGUCAGAGGUGCUGGCUUGCGGCUAAAAUAUUAAAUUGUGGAUCUUCAGAGAUUUUAUGGCAACAUACAGAGGGCAGAAGAUUCAUUAAAAACAUGAAAAUGUGCUGUUUAGCGCACUGCUGUUCAUAGUGCCUCAAUGUUCCUGGGUAAAGUAUAAAGUAGGAAACAAAGUAAACCAUACACCAUUCCAAAGCAUUUUUUUUCAAUUUUGUGACUCCUCAGUUCCUUCAUAGAAUCCCUAUAGGGGGAAAAGAGACCAUUCAGCCCAUCAAAUCCUCACUGACCCUCAAUGAGCAUCUGAACCAGUCCUGUAUUUACCAUGACUAAUCCACCAAUCCUGUACCAUCCCUGGACAUAAUCCCUGGAUAAUUUACCAUACCCAAUCCACCUACCCAGCACAGCUUUGGACUGUGGGAGAAAACCCGUGCAGACACAGGGAGAAUGUGCAAACUCCCCACAGACAGUCACCUGAGGCUGGAAUUGAACACAGAUCCCUGGCGCUGUGUGGCAGCAGUGCUCACCACUGAGCUACCAUGCCACCACACCUCCAUGCUGUACUAAAUUAGGAAAAAAGAUUGUGUUGUGGUUUAGCAAAUUUAUGCUACCCUGAACCAAGUAGUCUAAAGACACAUCGUUUUUUUCAGUGUUUUUAAUCCAGUAAAACAUUCCGAGGAGCUUCACAGGAUGGAUUAUCAGGCAAAAUUAACAUUCAAUCACAAGAGGCAUGAGAACAGGGGACCAAAAACAUGAUCAAUGAUCUGAGAUAACAAGGUGUAGAGCUGGAUGAACACAGCAGGCUGAGCAGCAUCAGAGGAGCAGGAAAGCUGAUAUUUCAGGCCUUGACCCUUUAAUGAGACCCUUCUUCAGAAACAUGAUCAAUGAGAUGGUUUUACGGACCGUCUGAAGGAAGGGCAGGCAGAGGGUAAUAGUGAGGGAAUUCUAAACCAGAGCGAUCGGGGAGCUUAAGGCAUGGACGCCUGUGAAGGAGCAGUUCAGAAUGAGCAGCUUCAAGAGGCCAGAAUUGGAGGGGUGCAGAGGUCUCGAAGGGUUCGGGGGGAGGUAACUAAGAUAGAGAACAACCAGGCAAUGAAGUGACUUGAAGAUAAGGAAGGGAAUUUUAAAAUUGAGGUGUUAGCAGUUUGGACCCUCAUGGGUCAAUAAGCACAGGGGUUUGCUGAUGGUAUUGAGAGGACUUAGUGCAAGUUGUGGGUUUCUGCUGCAUUUAUGUGUAGUUAAGGAUGGGAGAAUGGUUAGGGAGCUUGAGAUAUUCCAGUCCUUAAGUGACAAAGUGGCAAGGAUGAGAGUUUCAGUCAAGGCAAGAAUGGUAAUGGGCAGUUCUGCUAAUGAAGGGGAAGCAGAAGCAAAGUCUCUUUGGAAGAAUUGGAUGAAGUACUGUCACCUAGUGCUGUGGUUUUACCAACAACAACUUUGUUGGCACUUUUCAUGUAGUAAAAUGCUCCAACAGCUGCACUAUCCAAGAAAAUUUGACACUGAGCCACAUGAGGAGCUAGUGAUCAAGGUCAGCCCAUGAGAUGGGUGUUGUGGAAAAUUUUAAAGAAAGAUGCAAAAGUGGAGAGGCUUAGGAAGGAACUCACUAAUCCUGAGGGUCGUGGUAACUGAAGGCACAUUAACCAGUAAUUGGGGAGAUACUAGAAUCGAUGUUGUUCAGGCUCUCUGCACACUACAAAGUAAUUUGCUGAAUGCAGCUGAUCUCCCUCUUGCCGAGCAGCUUGUUAAUUCAUGCUGUACACAAACUCUCUCUGUUACUGCCUGUGGCUUUUUGGACUGAGCUGGGAUAUAAACACCAGCAAAACAAAAAUAAAACCCUCAAACUAUAAA